GGUGACCUUCACUACCAUGACCCGCAAGGCUGCAGCCUCCCAGACCAGCCUCACCCUCAGCAGGGGAAAGAGAAGCUACCCAGACCUACACACCUUUGUGCAGGACAUGAAGGAUGGCCAUUGGAAUCUGCUGAGUGAGAAUAUGCAUGCCGGGAUGAGCAGAGAUGAGUUUAGUGCUAGGUGCAUGGAUAUUACAAAUUGGGUGAUGGAGUCUACAUCCACUGUGGUCGUUCCCGCCCUUGACCUCACCAUGCAGAUCAGGCUCUCUGAUUCGUCGAGCUCUUCUGGAUCAGGAAGUAAUGAGGCUAGAGAAGUGACCUCUCUUGGCCGCAGCGUCAGAUUCAGCUUUCGUGGUGGACCCAGUAGACGCACCAGUUCAAGAACUACUUGCAGCACACAAACUCCCACGCCUUUCCCCUCCUCUCACAGGUCCAUGACCUCUUUGCUGAGUGAUGACGAAGAGAGAUAUGUCUCCUCACCUGAGGGUGGUGAUAGAGAGAUGAGACACAGACCCCACUCGGCACCACUGAGUUCUGUGUUUGGAAUCUCUGAGGAUUCUGUCUUCAACAUGGUCCAGAGAGGCCAGUCGCAGAGUGGCAUCGUACUGUCAUCCAGUUGGAGUAGACGGGAGAAAUACAGACCUGUCAAAAUACCAACGGACACCAGGUUUAUGAUGGGUAUUGUAGAGUUGGUUAUGAACCUUCUCAACUCCAGAUUGGCUGAGCUAAUGCGAAGUUUCAGUCAGGGAACUCUAGGUCCGCUGUCUGGUAGUAUCUCAGCAAGUCAGCAGUUUGCCCAAGAAAUGCUAAGCAUGGUGUCUGCUAAGAUGUAUUCCCAUGCCAUAGAGCAUAUUGCGCACGGCUACAAGUCUCCCCUUGAGUUAGAGCGGGAGCUUGAGGCCAUAUUGGGUCCUCUGGCUGGACAGGUUAUAGUCAUCAUCAUAGAUAGCAUCUUUAAGGCUAAAGCCAACGGAGGAAACAAGGGACGAGCGACCAGCCCCUUGACCUAUUUUCUCACUGCCGUUUCGGCAGAAAUACAAAGCCUAGUUGUUCAGAGAUCGGCUAGCAGACCGUCCACCAGACUGUCCAUCAACGACCCACUGCUGAACAUUUCCAAGUCAAAGGUCUUAAGAUCAGUUCUGCUCAAAAUGGCAGAACUCUUUGGCCAAGGUCCAAGUGAAACCUGUCUAGUUCCAGUAGUCCAGAGUCAGUCCGACAACUCUGUUUGCGACUGGACUCUGAAUGCAGGCACCGUUCAUCCAAGUCAAUUUCUGUCCCACAACAGAAUGUCAGAAGUGUCAUCCGAUGUUGUGGAUCUUGUACUUGAGGUUUUUGGGAUAACAGGAUUUUUGGAUAGCAGGAGCCCGUCAAGGCCACAGAGUGCCUGCUCCUACAACUCAGCUAGUGGAGCAAUAGAUAUGAGAGCUCUUGCUGGGGACUUGGUCAGACAGGUGUCUGUCAAACUCAGACCCUUUGUCUCUGAGAGUCAACUCUCCACCAUGUCCAUGACAGAUCUGUCAUCUAUUUCUGACUCCACCUUGAAGCAGUUGUGUUGUAGCUCUGCUGUUGCUGCAGCAACGGUCUGUCAAGCAAUCAAAAUGGAGCUCGAGAACCAGAGACCAACCGACCUGUCAGCCAGAGACCUACUAUCGUCUCUGGUAGAGAGCAUUGAGGACAUGGAUAUUUCUGACAUCCUCCAGGGCCCGUCGGCCAUUUUGGAGGAGGCUGCUAUGAUUAAGCACCCAGAGAUCUCCACCUCGACAAUAUACAGGUCUCUGCUUCUCGACUCAUCUCUCGCCUCCUCUAACAUGGUCACUGAGAGCAUUAUCUUCAACAGCCCACCCCCAUCAGAGGAGAAUGUGAGUAUUCAGAAUGUGCUCCCUGUUGAUAAAGUUGACAUCCUCCAUGGUCAACCAGUGGAGGGGUAUAUUGUCAAAGCUGAGCAAUGCAUCACUCAGGUCAUUCAGGAUGCAGCUGUGACAUAUACUAGCGUGCUGGAUAAAACCGACACUGGGAAACUGUCAGAAGUUCUGUCUGUCUGCUUUUCCGCUAAGAAUAUUGAGGAUGCAUCCUCUGAUCUAUUUGGUGGAAUUAUUUCCGACCUGCAUGAGGUAUCUGAGGUCAAUAAGACCUCCAUGCGUACGAAAUCAGGUCGCAAAAUGUUCUGGAUGGAAGUGAGUUCAGGUUCCCAGAAGAUUUAUACCAAAACCCUGGACAAACUGAGGAAGCUUUUCACCUCUCACCUUCUCACUGAGGGAAAAAAUACUCCUGUGCAAAUUGAGUUAUAUGACACUGGACUACUUGUAACUGAGACCACUGUGGAGGUAUCUCCUGUACAGAAGACAGACAGUAAUACCUCUUCAAUGUCCUCAGCCCACCAGCUCACCCUCGACACCUGCACUAAAGGGGUCAUCAAACAGGUGAUCUCGGUGCUGAGGGUGGAGACUUCAAAGGAAGUCAAAUGCGAGAGCAUGUCAAAUGCAUCCUUCGACUUCAACCAGAAGUUGGACUCUAUAAUUUCGAAAUUGGAGAGCCUCACCAUUUCGAGAUAAAACAACAUAAAAUUGACAUACAGUAGUGUUAGUUUACAACAGAAGGUCAGUAAACAAAUACAGGUAGAACAAAACCAUAACUUUUUUCUCUCAACAUUGAAAGUCAAUAUAUAUAUAAAAAAAUAUUUAAAAAAAUAAAAAGCAAUUUUUUCAGAAUGGCACAAAUUCCCCGAUAUCAGGGUACUCAUGUCAACAUGUCAGCCAAGAUUGCCAGAUGUAAAUAUGGUAACCACAUUUAUGGAAAGAUGCAAAUUUGUACAGCAUAUUAAUAUAUGUACAAAGACAAAUUAAAAGUGGGAGAAAUUACUUUUCCCUCCAUCUAACCAAUAAGCUCAUCUGCACAGAAAUAAAGACAGAAAUAAAGAUGUCAACAUGUCAACAUGUCAGCCAAGAUUGCCAGGCUCACGCGAUCUCGUAGUGCAGCCAGCAGAUCCUCUAACAUUUCCAUCCAGAGCUUUCACAGUGCUGAGUUCCAAGCUACGGCCAAACUGAAUGUGCGUGAGGCCAUUCUCAGAGCUGCUAGCGAAGCCAACUGUUCUUUGCCACAGAGCAUGACUAGCAGGACCUUCUCACACCAUGUGGUUUCUACAACUGAAGAUAUAGUGAAUAUGAUCAUGCAAGACCUUGAAAGUCUAUCCCGGUACACAGUGGAGGACGCAGACUCCUUCCCACUAGAAGAGAAAAAGCUGCAGUCCCAGCUCAAUCCCAGAGUUGUCUUUGACACCUUAUUGGAUGCUGCUCAAACCAUGUACCACAGAGUAAAGGAUAGACUGAACGUCUUUUUGUCUUUUCCACCCGUGUCAGUCACCACAGCCAAAGAUGUGCUGGACUCCACCCCUGUGGAGACACUCAGAUGCUCAAAGUCCCCUGACACUGCUCUUGUUAAGGACAGGAGCCGCCCUCCGUCUGUGAGAAGUGAGAAGCCAUUUUCAAAAGUCAGUUUGACUAAAAGGUCUAAAGCCCUUGUGUCUUCGAGUGGCUCCUCCACAGACCACCAUGUAAUUGACACAUGCAGUGAGGAUGUCACUCUGCCCCCCAGGAGUAUGUCAGUUGUGAGCGACACCAGUUUGAAGAGAACCUCUCCUCUCCAUGGUAGUGGAUUGAGUGCAAGUUGUGAACCUCUUGUGGCUCUACAAGACGGAACAGUGGCAGUCAGCCAAGAAGGCUUUAGCAAAACUGCAAAGGAGACGCUCAGCUUGAUCCUAAAUGUGAUCAAGUGCAGAUUGGCCAACUCUGAGAGUUCAUCUGUUGGGCAGAAUGCAAGGGAGGAGCGUCUGAUAACCACUAACAUGUUAGACUCUCUACUGGAGAGCCUUGACCUGUUGCCUGACAUGAGUGCUGCCAAUGAGAUCACAAGGACAGAAUGCCAUACCUCUAACGCAAUGGACAAGACAGGUUCACAGUCAGCGCUUGUGAAUCAACAAGAAAUAAACAUAUCUGACACCAGUCUCAUAGUGAAAACUAUAAUGGACACAUUGAAGACAGACGACCCAGAGAUGACUUCAGCAGAAGAAAAUCUGGAUAGACUCCUGUCAAUUGAAGCCCUUCAAGAUGCGUCUGGCAACCUGAUCGCAAAGGUCCAUGGUCUCAUUCAGGAGAUAACCAUAAGCCGCCAGCUUCAAUCCACGACUGGCCACAGAAGCCUCUCUCAACCAGCUCUGCCAAAGCCAGCACUGAGGAAGCUGUCAAAGCACGAUGCGUCAGAGCUCGUUUACAGCUUUGCCCAGACUUCUGUUAGCAGACUCCUGGGGCAGUGUUUGGUUAGGCCUAUGCCACCCACCGCUGACAGGGUUUUGGAUCAGGUCAUCAAGUUGAUGACAGACAUGGUGAUGGACAGCCUGACUGAUCUGUCCAAGUCUGCAAUGGAUGAUGGUAAGUGAAAGUACCUCUUCAUCUGCAUAGGACUUCAUUGUAACAUGAUGCUCACUACAUUGCGUUUUAUGAUGUGAACUUUGCUGUUUGCGUCCAAAAUGGCACCUUCUUCCAUAUUUAGUGCACUACUUUUGACCAGAGCCAGACCCUAUGGGCCCAGUUCAAAAGUUGUGCACUAUAAAGGGAAGAGAAGGCCUUUUGGGACACAGUGACUGAUUUCCAUUGUUGCGUCCUCUUCUCCCAGUUAUUGUACCCAGGUCGGUCACACCAGCUUGCUCUUCUUACUCAGACACCAGCAAUGCCGCAAGUGACAUCACUCAUGGUAUUGUGGCUGACCUUAAUGCUACUGAGGAAUUCCCUGCCAGGGGCCUUAGCCCGGCUGAUGUAAAGGCUGACGGCAUGGCCCGCCUUCCCUCUGCCAGGGGGGAAGAGACUAAGAAGAACAGGAAGUGGCAUUUCCUACACAAAAUUGUCAAGAUUCCAAAGAUCAGGAUUAAGCUGUUCAAGACAAAGGGGGAACCAAAGAGCCACCCUGAACAGGAUUCUCUGCCUACCAAACGUCUCAGAGAGACUCGUAUUUCACAGGAUGCUGAGUGUGAGGUUCCAUCCACUUCCCCACCCAAGGAGGCCCUGACAACCACACUGGCCCCUGCUCCCCAGGAGUCCCAGUCCCGUAAACGCCCUCUCAUAGUCAGGGUGUUACGAGCUAUCUCCAGAGCCGUCUCCAAACCAUUCAGAGAAGCUUUUGGGAAGAAGAAUUAGCCAAAUGCCAGAUUUUAUUACUAUUUUAAUCAGAGCCUUUAUUUAAUAAAACAUUACUGCAUGGAUUUCUGUCUAUAGUCGUCUUACUGUUUGUGCAAGGUAAUGGUACCACAUUGUCAAACAUAGUUAUAGUGAAGCACUGUUUAUGAUUAUUGAUUGUGGAAAUCACAUUUUAAUACAGAAAAGAUGUCGUCACAUAAAGUCAGACAUAUAGGAGAAAACUCCGUUGACUAUUCACAUGAUCAAGACACAACUAAAGCCAUGAAUGGAUCAUAUUAUUAUACCUUUAUUUCAACAAGGAACACAGACUGAGACCAAGGUUUCUUUUACAGCUGGGCCCUGCGUAGACAUGUUACACAUUCAGUUUAGCUACAAUGAUUAAGAAACUACACAAGACAAACAAGACCAUCACAGAUAACACAAAAAUACAGCAGCAGAUUAUUACGUUUGCACACAGGUUAUUCCCCUAACAGCACAAUAACUUGCAUUACCCGAAAGUUACAAGCAAUACAGAAAUAAAAAUCCUCCAAUAAUUAUUUAAAAUGGGCAACAGGGGGACAAGAGUCUCAAAUGUAAGUUUAGUCUGCAGGCUUUUCCAUUGGCAAGGAGCGUAACAGGAAAAGGCAGCCAUACCCAACUCUGUGGAAAUCGCAUGGACCUCAAGCGUAAUCCAUGCUUGAGACCUGGUUUUAGGAAUUCUAAUUCUAAUAUUGAUGAGUGAUGAUAAAUAAGAUGGUAGUUUAUUCAGAAGUGCUUCAUAGACAAACACGAGAACAUAUUCUCGUCUCAUGGACAGCGAAGUCCAACCCACAUUUUGAUACAAAACACAGUGGUGAGUUCUGUAGCUAGCGUCCGUAAUAAACCUAAGUACUCAAUGAUAAAUAGCAUCCAGCGAUUUAAGUGUUGAUGCCGUAGCAUGCAUGUAGAUAAUAUCCCCAUAAUCUAUAACAGACAUAAAAGUAGCUUGCACAAUUUGUCUUCUAUUUGUACAGGACAAACAUGUCCUGUCUCUAUAGAGGAAGCCUAGCUUGAUUUUUAGCCGUUUACAAAGUUCGUCAAUAUGCAUUUUAAAAGACAGUUCAUCAUCCAACCAUAUCCCUAAGUAUUUAUAUGCAGAGACCUGAUUCAUUCGAGAACCAUGUAAGCUCUUGUAAGUGCAAGUGUAUUUUCAACCAACUUUUUGAACCUAUUAAAAAUCAUAAAAUGUGUUUUCUUUGUUUCUUGUUUUAAAUGUACAUUUUAUUUUAACAAUUUUAAAACAAGAUGAACAGAGAACAGUUGUUACACUUUCUAUGAAGCCCAUAUAUAUAAUGCAUACACUCAAGUCAUACACUCAUAAUUAUUUAAUUGAGUUAAGUAUAAGUGCAGUUAUAAAAACAUAAUG